CCGGCCAUGAAGGGCAAGGGGAAGACAGGAGGAGCUGGAAAAGCUUCCGCCAAGGGCUUGGUGAAGGGAAAAGGAAAGAAGGGUGCCGGCAAGGCUCCAGUGAAAGGUGCAGGCAAGGCAACGAAAGGCGCCGGUAAGGCAGCAAUUAAGGGCAAAGGCGAACCAGGCAGCAAAGGCAAGGGCAAGAGUGUGGCCGGUGCCGCUUCAGCCAAAGGCAAGCAUUCUCCAGGGAAGGGGGCAAGUGCUCAGGGCCCUAGUAAAGGGCAGCCUGCAAGCAAAGGCAAGGGCAAAGGGAAGGAAGGUCAG